AUGCUCGAAGUUGCAUUAGCAAAAUUCAUUGCGCUAGAAAGCUCUCUUCUACGAGUCACAUUGUCAUUGGAGGAGCAGGAGCUACGAAAUGAGAGCGCGGUUAUCUUGUUUCAGAAUCUUGCCUUAAAGAAACGCUUCUAUGAGAAAUUGCGUCCUGAGAAAGGCUCAAUUGUCGUGUUCGACUGUGGAGCUGGCUUUAUGGACUCAGCUAAUAUUGUAGGUAGCUGUGUUAUACGAAUUGAACACUUCGAUGAUCUUUUGUCGAAGAUGAAUGGUCUCAUGAACGACGAGGUAAAGGAGGUUAACGAGCUACACUUGAACACUUUGAUAAUUGAGAACAUCUCCACAUUUUACUGGACGCUUAGAAGUCUGUCUCACAGAAAUCUAUCUUAUAGUAAAUUACGAGAUCUAGUCGAUACGGUGAAAGAGUGGUACAAGUGUAAUGUGAUCGUUACGACUUGGGACAGUGAGUUUGAAAAAGGGUAUAACUUAAAGCGGGCCAACGAAAAUCCCCAAAAGCUAGGGGAACUUACAUUCAUUCCGGCAGAAUUCUACCAAAAGUUUGAUCAUAUUGUUGCCGUAGGCCAGAAAAGCUACAGAUAUAUCCAGGAAGCAUGGCACGAAUGCACAUGA